AUGGUGGCAGCAACACUCAAAAUCAAACUGAAAAGAUACACUAAAAGAGUAAGAACCCUGAGACUCGACCUGAACAAAUUGAAGGACCCAACAGUACGUAGAAAAUACCAGAACGAGUUGAAAAAAUUGCUGCCAAAUGAGGCCCAGGAAGAAAAUUAUGACCAAUACUGGACCAAACUGAAGUCAGCAAUGCAAGAAGCCGCCGAAAAGAGCAUCGACAAACCCCAAACGCGCCGUAGUGCCUGGAUCUCGGCUGAAACCUUACAGCUUGUCAAAAAACGAAGCCGUUGUCGGUCUAAGCAAACCCUUGCCACCCUGAGAAAAGAGAUAAAAAAGGCAGUUAGAAGGGACAAAGCCCGGUAUUACGAGGCACUCGCAGAUCUCGAAAGCUCGAAAAAUGGGCUAAACACUUUGAACGCCUCUUGA